AUGACCACCACGGCCAAGAAGAAUGACGUCCCGAUCGACGUCACAUGGGAGGAUCAGCGCAACAUCUGCAUCUUCUCCCGGCUGCACCGACGUGUGCAGACACUAAAUCGCCGCCUGAAGCUUCUGAGAGAUGACAUUGAGAAGCUCGACGACGCCAGCACUGAGGCCAUGAUCUGCGACGAGGUGAAGUACGUCUUUGGUGAGGCUUUUGUGGACGUCGAGUGCGAUCAGGCCGUAGACCUACUCGAUGGGGAGAAGCAGCGCAUUGAGUCGGAGAAGGAAGAGGUAGAGACGGAGCUGAAAGAUCUGGACGUGGCCCUAACGGGGCUCAAGGCGCAGCUCUACGCCAAGUUCGGCUCGCAGAUUUACCUGGAAGAAAAGUAG